AUUAACUGUUUCUCCAUCAGACUGCAAAGCGAUUUUGGUAAACCUGAAAUGUUCGUAUCUCUCUACUGCAGAUUGCCAGAACCAGAGAGCAAGAUCGAGACAUACAUAAGUAAAACAUAAACUGAAAUGAGUUUCGAUAAAUCGAAGUCAAAAGAUGAGAUUUUCGCUUCUAGAUAUUAAGUUCUGUGAAAAACCUUAAUUUCGGUGGAAGUCUGAACCAAGCCUGAAAGCAAUGUACAGAGCUGUGUGGCGUUCUCCAUUGCGGUUUAUCGUGGGCUCGUCUUCGUCAAAGUUAACUCCAACCUUAUCUCGGGGAAGGGGACGAAGUGGAACUGAUAAUGGGGUUGGUUGUUCUUGUUCUCGUAAUGUGACGACAUUUAUGGGCAAUGACUUCAUUAGAUGCCAAGAUGAGUCGUCAACCAGGAAGAUCUUGCAGGUGCAGAUUGUCGAUGCGCUUCGUUCUGGAGAAAGGCCUGGAGCGUCUGCUCUGCUUUUAAAGCUAGUACAUGGAAACUAUUCACUUAGUGCCGAUGAUUUCCAUGGCAUUCUAAAGUAUUGCGCGCGAUCACCUGAUCCUGUGUUUGUCAUGGAGACUUACAGUGUAAUGUGUAAGAAGGAAAUCAGCCUGGACAGCAGAUCUUUGUUGUUCAUAGUACAAGCCCUUUGUAAUGGGGGACACUUGGAUAAGGCGUCGGAGUUUAUUCGCGCUCUCGGAGAAAAUGAUAGCAUCUCUCCUGUUUUGCCUGUGUAUAACUAUUUUCUUGGAGCCUGUGUAAAGUUGAGAAAUGGGAAUUACGCUAGUAAAUGUUUGGAAUUGAUGGAUCAAAGGAGAGUGGGGAAGAAUGAAAUAACAUAUGCAGCACUUCUCAAGCUUGCAGUUUUUCAGCGCAAUCUAUCGUCUGUUAAUGAAAUACUAAAACACUAUGUCGACCACUAUAGUCUGAACAUACUCUCUCUCAGAAAAUUCAUAUGGUCCUUUACGAGGUUGGGGGAUUUGAAAUCAGCAUAUGAAUUAUUGCAACACAUGGUGGCUCUAGCUUCAAGAGGAGAGCUCUUUGUUAAACUAAAUAGAGGAAAACUGCAUUCCACGAGACUGGAUAUUCCUAUACCAUCAAGUGGUCAAACGGGAUCAGAGAAAGCUGCUUUUGGAGUAAAUGAUCACACGGGUUCGCUAAUGGUGGAUGCUCAUGGGAAUAACACUGUCGAGUGCAUGAGCAAUGAAAUUGAGUGUUCCAAAGUGGCUUUGCCGAAAUGUCACAACAAAAUCCCUGCAACUAGAGUCCUCAGGUGGUCGUUCAAUGAUGUGAUUCAUGCUUGUGGACAAUCUAAAAACUCUGAGCUAGCGGAGGAGCUAAUGCUGCAGAUGCAAAAUCUUGGAUUGUCACCAUCAAGCCACACAUAUGAUGGUUUCAUUAGAGCUGUUGCAUUUCCAGAAGGAUACGAAUAUGGCAUGACACUGCUGAAAGUAAUGCUGCAGCAGAAUCUGAAACCAUAUGAUUCAACUCUUGCUACGGUUUCAGCCUAUUGCAGUAAAGCCUUUCAAGUUGAUUUAGCUGAACACCUGCUGGAUCAAAUUUCUGGAUGCUCGUACGCAUAUCCUUAUAAUAACCUUCUUGCUGCGUGUGACUCAUUGGAUCAACCAGAGCGUGCCGUCCGAGUUUUGGCUAGAAUGAAACAGCUGAAACUGCGUCCGGAUAUGAGGACGUAUGAACUGCUCUUUUCAUUAUUUGGUAACGUGAAUGCACCAUAUGAAGAGGGCAACAUGCUGUCCCAAGUAGACUGUUGUAAAAGGAUCAACGCUAUAGAAAUGGACAUGGUGAGAAACGGUUUUCAGCACAGCCCUAUCUCAAGGCGGAAUGUGCUGAGAGCCCUCGGAGCUGAAGAUAUGGUGAAUGAGAUGAUCCGACACCUGCAAAGAGCUGAGAAUAUGUAUCUAGAUACGCUUACAUACAAUAUAGUGCUUCAUUCACUUCUUCAGGCAAAUGAAACGAACAAGGUGAUCAAAAUAUUCAAACGUAUGAAAGCAUGUGGCUACCCUGCAGACGCUGCUACCUACAACAUAAUGAUUGACUGUUGCCGCGCUAUUCACUCUUACGAAUCAGCUUGUGCUCUGGUUUCUAUGAUGAUCCGUGGCGGGUUUUAUCCAAAGGCGGUUACGUUUACUUCUCUGAUGAAGAUUUUGUUGAAUGGUGAUAAAUUCGAGGAGGCAAUUAAUCUCCUGGACCAAGCUGCAUCGGAAGAGAUACAAGUCGAUGUUUUAUCAUACAACACCAUUUUGCGUAAAGCAUUUGAGAAGGGAUUGAUUGAUGUGGUUGAGUACAUAGUGGAGCAAAUGCACAGAGAGAAGGUGAAUCCAGAUCCAACGACAUGCCAUUAUGUUUUCUCUUGUUAUGUGGAAAAAGGGUACCACGCGACAGCAAUAGAAGCAUUGAAUGUUCUAAGCCUAAGAAUGCUCGACGAUGAAGUGAAAGAGAGUCUUCAGGAGAAGAAAACAGAGCUCGAGGAAAAAUUCGUCAUGAGCGAAGACCCUGAAGCCGAAACAAAGAUAAUCGAGCUGUUCAGAAACUCGCAGGAGCAUCUCGCAGCAGCACUUCUGAAUCUUAGAUGGUGCUCGAUGCUCGGGGCCCGGGUAAUAUGGUCGGAAGAGCAAAGCCCAUGGGCCAGAGAACUCUCCAACAAGUAUGGUCAAUAGUUAGAAUGUGAAAAUGUUUUCAUUGUCUCUUUCUCUUUGCUGUUUAAUUCUCUGCCAUUUCACGGAAGCUGCUUCGUUUUUUGUUUUGUUGUAUUCAUGUACAAACUGUUACGGAGAUCACAAAUCAACCAAUUAGGCCUUUACGAACCACCUAGAAGCAAAGCCGUUUGAGUUUUUUCUUCUCUUUUUAUUUUUAUAUAAUUUUACCGUUCAAGUUAUACAAGAACAGUAUAACCAUGCUUUUAACUGUACAACCAUCUUUUUACUGCUUUUUGAGAAAGCCAGAUAUUUAAUUGUGUUUUCUAACUACGAAUUUAACUUGUUUUCUUUUAACGUGUAGUACUUGUAAAGUUGAGAGUUGAGAAUUAAGAUCUAUAACUAGAGUUCAGUGUGA